ACUAGUAUAACAUACUCUUCAAAACCUACCAACACACAUAAAAACAAAGCUUUUGUUCAUAAGAAAUAGUAUACAAACAAGGAUGGAGAAAACAAAUGUUGUGGAAGGUUCAAGAUCUCCCAUGCAGAUGAAGAUGGGAGAUGAGUUGGAAGGCAACACCAACACCCUUCGCACUGCCGAAACCUUCCUGCGGUUGCUUCCUGUUGCUCUUUGUGUUUCUGCACUCGUUCUCAUGCUUAAGAACUCUCAGCAAAAUCAAUAUGGUUCUGUUGAUUACACUGACCUUGGAGCUUUCAAGUAUCUGGUGCAUGCGAAUGGCAUUUGCGCAGGUUACUCUCUAUUUUCAGCUGUUAUUGCUGCUAUGCCACGACCUUCUACUAUGCCUCGUGCUUGGACUUUCUUUUUGCUUGAUCAGGUGCUAACAUACAUAGUUCUAGCUGCUGGAGCAGUGUCAACUGAGGUUUUGUACCUAGCUGAGAAUGGCAACACUGCCACAACAUGGAGCUCAGCUUGUGGAUCAUUUGGUCGAUUCUGUAACAAGGUGACAGCAUCAAUUACGAUCACAUUUGUGGCAGUGCUUUGCUAUGUGUUGCUUUCUCUCAUUUCCUCUUACAAGCUCUUCACCAAGUAUGAUGCACCAGCAGCAUGCAGACCAACUUCACCCAUUGAGGUUGCUGCUUUCCCUGGCUAAAUCAACCCUUAUGUAUAACAGUGUGCUUCAUGCAUGUGUCUGCUUAAUUACUUCCAAUCAAUAAUGUAAUGACAUGCUGUUGUGUUAAUUAGGACCUUAAUUGUGAGUUUAUAAUUAAUAUAUAACCUUUGACCUCCUUAACACU